AAAAAGUCGGCUUUGCGCUGAAUGGUGCCACGGGGAGAAGGAUAAGACAUUCUUCCACUCGGAGUCACUUUUCCAUUUGGGCUGAAAAUGUGCUGCUUAAAAGCGUUCUGCUCCUGAAUGCAGGCCGCCCUGCAGGCAUUAAUUACUGAUCCCACAAGCGGGGCUUAGCCAAGGUAAUGAGUGUGUAAACUAGCUGCCUUAUUGCCAACAAAGGCGUCUUGGGACGCGAUCCAUUGUCUCGCAGGGAAUCAUCACCUUUUCUCAGUGAAAUCCGCCGCGGAUUGUCUGCGUUCAACAGGAGGUAGGGAUUAAGGAUGCGGCCCCGAACAAAUGGCGAGGCAAGGCAGCCCAGGACAGGCCGGGGGGGCGGGACCCAGCGACACCCACAAUUAAAGAUGAACUUUGAGUGAACUAAUUUAUCUGAGGGAGGAGAAGGUAGCAGGCUGCCUGCAGUCCUGACAGCCUAUAAAAGCGCAAGAGGAGCAGCUGCGGCUCCAGAGCUGACAGAGCUUCACCUGAACGCAACACCAGACUCACCAUGGCCCUGAACACGCUGCUUGCCACCUUCCUGUGCACCAUCGUGCUGCCCGUGCUGCUGUUCCUGGUGGCGCUCAAGCUGUGGGAGGUGUACAUGAUCCGGGGCCGAGACCCGAGCUGCUGCAGCCCGCUGCCCCCCGGCUCCAUGGGCUUACCUUUCAUCGGAGAGACGCUGCAGCUCCUCCUGCAGAGGAGGAAGUUCCUGCGGAUGAAGCGGCAGAAGUACGGCUACAUCUAACCAGGACACAACCUCUUCGGGAACCCCACGGUGCGCGUGACCGGAGCGGACAACGUCAGGCAGAUUCUGCUGGGAGAGAACAAGCUCGUGUCCGCGCAGUGGCCCGCGUCUGUGCGCACCAUCCUGGGCUCGGACACUCUGUCCAACGUGCACGGAGCCCUGCACAAGAGCAAGAAAAAGGCCAUCAUGCGGGCUUUCUCCAGAGAGGCUCUGGAGCUCUAUCCCGUCAUCCAGGAGGAGGUGCGGGCGGCCGUGAAGGAGUGGACGGAGAAGGACUCCUGCGUGCUGGUCUACCCGGAGAUGAAGCGGCUGAUGUUCCGCAUCGCCAUGAGGAUCCUGCUGGGCUUCGAGCCAGAGCAGAUCAAGACGGACGAGCAGCAGCUGGUGGAAGCUUUCGAGGAAAUGAUCAAGAACCUGUUCUCUCUGCCCAUCGACGUGCCGUUCAGCGGACUGUACCGGGGUCUGAAGGCGAGGAACUUCAUCCACUCCAAGAUAGAGGAGAACAUCAAGAAGAAGAUGCAGGACUCAGACAAAGAGUCCAAACAUCAAGACGCCCUUCAGCAGCUGAUCGACAGCAGCAAGAAGAGCGGGGAGCCGCUCAGCAUGCAGGCCAUCAAGGAGUCUGCCACAGAGCUGCUCUUCGGGGGCCACGAGACCACCGCCAGCACGGCCACCUCCCUGGUCAUGUUCCUGGGCCUGAACCCUGAGGUUGUGGAUAAACUGAGGCAGGAACUAAUGGAGAAGGAGGAGCAGGGGAUAGACCUCCACAGUCUGGACCUUGAGUCGUUGGAGCAGUUGAAAUACACCGGCUGUGUGAUUAAGGAGACUCUGAGGAUCAACCCUCCUGUUCCUGGAGGCUUCAGAGUGGCCCUCAAGACCUUUGAACUCAAUGGUUUUCAAAUUCCCAAAGGCUGGAACGUUAUCUACAGCAUCUGUGACACCCACGAUGUGGCGGAGUGCUUCCCCAACAAGGAGGAUUUCCAGCCGGAGCGCUUCAUGUCCAAACCUUCUGCCGACUCCUCCAGAUUCCAGUACAUCCCGUUCGGCGGGGGCUCCAGGAUGUGUGUGGGCAAAGAGUUUGCUAAAGUCCUGCUGAAGAUCUUCCUCGUAGAGGUGGUCACCAAGUGUCACUGGACCCUUUUAAACGGGCCCCCCACCAUGAAAACAGGACCUACUGUGUACCCUGUGGACAAUCUGCCAACAAAGUUUACCAGCUAUGCAUAAAAAAUCAAGAAAGAUGUCGAGGGGUUGUUUUUCCUAAAAUCAGUUUAGAGUAAAAUAUAUAAGGGUUUCCCAAAAGCAUCAAAUCAUUUGUUUGUUUUUUUUAAAUCAAAGCUACUUUGGGAUUUUUUGGAAAGAAACUGCUACAUUUACACCUCGACCAAAAUAUGUUUGUAAUUCUGGUCUUAUGGACUUGUGUUGAUGAUUUUUCUUUUUAAUAACAUGAAAUGUACAUAUUGUAGAUGACUUCAGAACAUAUUUUAUACUAUGAUGUUAUUACAGUGGAUUUGUAUAAAUUGAUAUAAAUAUAUAUAUAUAUAUAUACGUUUUGUUUGACAAACUAAACAAGAUGCACUAUACACAGACAUGGAACACUUUAAUCAGCUCAGAGGUGUAUCGAUAGGAUUUUGUACAUAAUAAUGUAGAGUUUGUUUAUAUAACUUUUGUAUCUUACCUCAACUUAUUUAAGUGACUUGUAUGGGCUUUUUAUUUAAUAAAAUUGUUUUGCGGAGAA